AUGACCCGUCUCGUACAGGUACUCCUUGCAGCCGGAGCCACUCUCGUCGGCUUCACCUCUGCACAAUGCAACCUCACCCCCACAGCCAGCAUCGCUACCGCUGAUGGCGUCGAGUUCAAGCUCCUGCGCACCGGCCUCCAGCGCCCUCGCCACCUCGUUGCCGAUACCGAGGGCAACCUUUUGAUCACCGAGGCUGGUAGCAAGGGCGUAAGGAGAGUUGUCCUCGAUGAUGGCAAAGACCUCGAUGUCUGCAUCGACUCUGACGACGCCUUGAUCUCAAACGCAAAUCUGAACCAUGGCAUUGCUCUGACCGCUGACGGUAAAACCAUUCUCGUUUCUACUCCCAGCGAAGUAUACGCCUACGAUUACGAUGCCUCGAAAGGCACCGUCGGCUCUCGUCGGACAGUCAUCACGGGUAUGAGUGCCACUUCGACUCAUUCUACCCGUACCCUGACGAUCCCUCUCGCUGGCAAUCCCAACCUGCUGCUCGUGGCUGGCGGAUCUGAUGGUAAUUUGGAUGUCGAGACUGUUGACAAAGAUGUUGUGCGCAGUCAGGUGAGGGUCUUCAAGAUUGAUGAGCUGUUGGCGGCGGAAGCUCCUCUGGUGUAUGGCGAGGCGGAGGUACUUGGCUGGGGUCUUCGUAACAGUGUUGGUUGGGCGGAAGACCCUUCUACAGGACAUAUCUGGUCCGUCGAGAACUCGGUCGAUAAUCUCUACCGCGGCGACGUCGAUGUCCAUAACACCAAUCCUGGCGAGGAACUUAACUUCCACGGCCUUCCCAAUGACACCUCCAGCGCCCGAUAUGGUGCCAACUAUGGAUAUCCUGGAUGCUUCUCCAUCUACGACACCUCCAACAUCAAGGAUUACCCAGGCGGGGCAAAGGUUGGUAAGCAGUUUGCUGGCACGCCCCAGGGUGAGACAGAUCUGGGCUUCACCGAUGAGGAAUGCCAAGAGAAGCAAGCUCCUAGAAUCACGUUCGGAUCACACCUUGCACCCUUGGACAUCAAGUUCCUUGAUGGUAGUGCGGCAUACAUUGCAUUCCAUGGAAGCUGGAACCGCAACCCCGGUGAUGGCUACCGCCUUAGCAAGGUGGCGUUUGCCAAUGGCGAGCCAGUGCCGGAAUCUGAUGAUCCUAAAGCUGAAGUGCCGCUGAUGUGGAAUACGGACAAUACCAAGUGCCCUUCUGGUUGCUUUAGACCGGCAGGCCUGGCAUUCGACAAAUCCGGGAGGCUGUUCCUGACCAGUGAUUCUACGGGAGAGCUGUAUGUUCUAACUGGCGUUUAA